AUGGCUCAAAAUCGGUCCAUGGAGUCCCGUGUCGGGCGCAAAAACCAACGUUAUGGCUCUAAAGGCGAACGUCUCGUGGCCGGCGUCGUUCCCAUCUCCGCAGACAAGACAAAGGUCCUCAUGAUUCAAUCCGCCGGUCCCGGAGGCUGGGUCCUCCCCAAAGGAGGAUGGGAGACGGAUGAGUCAACGGCACAGCAGGCGGCUUGCCGUGAGGCCUGGGAAGAAGCCGGUGUCAUUUGCACCGUUCUUCGCGAUCUUGGGUUAAUCCCAGACAUGCGCCCCUCCGGCCUGUUGACCGCUCAAGCGCCCAAGGCCUCCUACCAAUUCUUUGAAGUCAGCGUGGACAAGGAGGAGUCACAAUGGCCAGAGAUGCACAAGAGGAAACGGCAGUGGGUGAGCUAUGCCCAGGCUGCCACUGCCUUGGCCAAUCGACCCGAGCUGCUGGAAGCCCUGAACCGCAGCUCUCUGAAGCGAUAG